CCAAGAUUUAAUCGGAUCGUUAUGUCAUGACCUCGAAACCAGACGAUUCUGUCCUGAAGCAAAGCUAUCAUUGAUCAUCAGAGUCACCGCCAGCUCUCGAUACCCGCCGGACCGUCACAAUGUCAACUCUCGAACCCCGACCUCCGUACUCAGAAGCUGAGAUCAAGAACCUUUAUCCGCCUCAACUACGUCUGCAACUCGUCCAGAUCCUUCUCCGUCACGGCGAACGCACACCUAUCACCGCUCGCUUCACUUCCACAGGCCUUGCACCUUUCUGGCCAUACUGCUCUGCAGCUCGUCGUUUAACCAGCGUCAUUCUCGAUCCUUCUGCCACCGACACCCAUGUCGAUCCCGCCGACAACCCAGGCCUUACUGCUCUCGAGUGGAAGCGCCGUCUCGAGACCUUUGGGCCUGAUGAUGCGCCUAUCUUAGCCACUGGCCGCAAUGGCGAGCUUGAUGCUAUCUGCGAUAUGGGCAUGUUGACCGAUCGUGGACGAGAAACAACGUAUAAUCUUGGCCAGCGCCUGCGCCAUCUCUACGUCGAUCAGCUUCGCUUCUUGCCGGAAAAACUCGCUUUUGACACUGACACAGCUGCCAUCUACCUCCGCGCUACACCUAUACCCCGCGCUCUUGAAUCUCUUCAGCAAGCUUUCUACGGCCUCUAUCCUCCCUCAGCUCGCGCCUCUGGCCUUCAUCCUCCCACAAUCCUUACUCGAUCACCUGCUGACGAAACCCUCUUCCCCAAUGAUGGCAACUGUCGACGCUUCGCUGCUCUCGCACGCGCUUUUGCUCAGCGCUGUGCUGAUCGCUGGAACGACUCCGACGAGAUGGCAUAUUUGACAAAACGCCUCGGUCGCUGGAUGCCUGAGGAACACCCGCACGUUGCUGUGGACUCUCGUCCUCGCCUUAGUGGUAUCAUGGACACUAUCAAUGCUACAAAGGCCCACGGUCAAGCCACUCGGUUACCUAAAGAGUUCUACGAUCGAGAAGUCAAGCGAAUUAUUGAGAAGAUCGGUGUUGAGGAGUGGUAUGCCGGAUACAAAGAGAGUGAGGAGUACCGCACUCUAGGCAUUGGUGGACUUCUCGGAGACGUUGUCUCUCGUAUGGUCGGCAGUGCUGAGCGUUCUACUGCUGAUGGCGAGUAUGAGCUGGCUCUCAACAAGGUAUCUGCUACUACACCACAACCUGUACGAUUUGGAAUGAGCGGCUGUCACGAUACCACUCUUGCUGCCACACUCGCCAGCCUCGGCGCCUUCAACGAAGAGGCCUGGCCGCCUUUCACAAGUCACGUCGCGAUUGAACUAUUCCGUCACGUCAAUGCAGGCGCCACACCUCCUCCUGAAGCCCCUAAACCCACUGGCUUCCUGUCCUUCUUCGGCUUGGGUAGUAAAGGAGCCUCCCAUGCUGGAUUACCACCCCCAGGCAUCGGCCGGAAGAAGACUCCAGACCUGACAGAGAACGAAAAGGAGCGCCUGAAGGGUUACUAUGUCCGCCUGCGCUACAAUGACCGCCCGGUGACUAUCCCUGGCUGUGCACCAACAGGCAAGCAUCUUGAUGGUGAUGAGUCCUUUUGCACUUUGGUACGCUCUAAUAAUCUCCUCCUUACCAACUCUGGAAUCAAGACUGGUGUCGUGCGUUACUUACCCGUCAACAGGAGGCCUUCAAGGAGAUUGUGGAUAAGUUCACACCCAUAAACUGGAAACAACAGUGUCGCGCCAAUAUAAAGGACCCAGCCUUUCCUUCUAAGCCCGAGCCAUCGGGAUAUUAAUUGUGAAAAUAAUCUGCAAGCACAUGGGAGGUAACCGAGAUCCUCUAAUAUUUAACACUGCCCCAGUCCUGGAGACUGCGUGCAUUUACCAUUAGGCUCUAAUCUCUUUCUGCUGUCAACGACCUCGAGACCUCAAAUCGGCGGCUAUAAACUAAUUAGGUACAUGCAUAAGACACCACCCAUGUAGAAGAACUGAACUGUCACAGACAUAAAUAGACAUAUUGUUAAGUGAUCAUAUGAUCUGCGUUCAAGACUGUAGUGCCUAACCUAACCUAAGACUCCGUAAUAGACAUAAACUUCAAACAGCGUCUCGUCUCAACCAUGAGCGCUCCCAUCUUUCACAAAGGGGGCGUAUUAAUCACAAAUCCCAUUUCUUCCGAAUGCUCUCUUCCUCUCAUGAGCAAAACAUAAAAAGUCGAGACCAACUUGCAAUACAAAAAAAGAUACACCGAAGGGGUAAAUUAUCAAGAAAAAGGGAAAUCAAAGAAUGAAGGUCUGUAAAGCCCCAAGAAUCAAGGACAUAACGCCACAAGUGACGUCGAUUACAACGUUUAAGCAAGUUUUUCGUUCAAUCUCGCUUGUGAUGAGAGUGAAAGCAUAAAGAUGCACAAGCGUCAUUAGUUUGCAACUUCCUCCUCAACCCAAC